UGGGAGGAUGCUGAAAAGAUUCGCGUAACAGAAGAGUUAGCCUCAUUUGAUCGGGGUCAGGCUCGAGCACGUCAAUCUCUUGAAAUGAGCCUUCAGCAGAUUAUAGCCGAUCUUGAUGAGGCACAGUCAGAGAAACGUACCGAUUUAAUCAAUCAGGAGAAUCUGAGACUUGCUGAAGUUGAUGAAGCUCAUAGACGUGAACUGCAAGCUUAUUUGGAGACAGUGCCACGCACACAAGCUUUGCUACGGAAGCAGUUUACUCACGAGUUGGAUGUGCAAGCUCAGUUCUACUUUGACUCAGAGAGUUGCGAUGCUGUUCGUCUUAGCCACCGAUCCAAUGGGCACCCACUACCUGUCCUUUAUAACAAUUUGGGUGACUCAGCACCUGACGUCACGCCAAGUUCUCUUUCUACUAGUGGUGGUAUUAUUGGCAUUACUGAGACAAGUGGCUUCGGUUUAAACUUGCCUGUCAAAACGGAACGCUCUUGUGGACAGAUGAUGAUCUAUACUCCAACUAUGACGAAGACGUCAACUAGUGGGUUCGGGGGACCCACUAUGGAGGAAGCCUAUCCUGAAAGUUUGAUCGACCAGCAUAAUGAAAUAAGGCAUCACUUUUAG